AUGUCUUCUCUUUUUCUUUUCAGGUUUAUUGUUGAUCGGGUUCAGCGAAACCCAGUUGUAUCCAGUGCAGAAGUUCCAGAGCUCAGGGCAGUGGAGCCAGCAAACCCAUCUACAAAGAGACUGAGUGAUUGCUUACGCAAAAUAGGUGAUGAGCUGGAUGGAAACAUGGAGCUGCAGAGGAUGAUCGAGCAAGUGCAAAGCAACCCUCCCAAAGAGGUCUUCUUCCACGUGGCAACGGAAAUGUUUGCUGACGGCAACUUUAACUGGGGUCGCGUUGUAGCUUUGUUUUAUUUUGCCUGCAAGUUAGUACUGAAGGCUUUGUGUACUCAUGUGCCACAGACCAUCCGUACAAUCAUUGAUUGGACCAUGGACUACCUCAGGGACUAUGUUGUCCAGUGGAUUCGUGAUCAAGGAGGCUGGGAGGGACUUCUGUCUUACUUUGGCACACCAACUUGGCAAACUAUCGGAGUGUUCUUAGCCGGCGUGCUUACUGCCACGGUAGCCAUCUGGAGAUACUCUUAA